CUGCGCCCUAGGUUUCAUACAAGAUAUUGUUAAAUAAUACACUUUGGUGUAUAUUGUUUGCACAAGUACAAGGUUUGCAUCUUCGCAAAGUUGUCGCAAACCAAGUCAACUUGAUCCUCUGUGUCUCUCUUUGAUUAAUGUUUAAUGUACUUUCUUCGUUAUUGCUCGGCGCGGCAUCGGGAAAUGUGUUUGGCAAAUGUGCUGAUUUUCAGUUGCUUAACGUUUACCAGUGAUAACUAAGCAAAGGACAAGCAAAAAUGUUGAACCAAGCGACCGUGGAAGCUCUGUAUUCGACGAACUACGUCGACGAUUACCUCGACUGCGUGGAAAACCUACCGAACGACCUGCAGAGACAUUUGUCGAGACUUCGUGAACUCGACGCCACUUGUCAAACAUAUCGUCGUGAAAUCGACACAAAUCAAGAGUCACUAUGCAAAAGCGACAUAAGUAAUUUAUCAAGGACCCGUGCUCUAUUCAGGAUACAGCAAGCACUUAUAGCAAUGCAAGAAAUCGGUGACGAAAAGUUACAGCUUGUGCAGACUAUUCAAGAUCUCAUUGAAAACAAAGGCAGGCAAUUAGAGGUGGAUUUGAAUAACUUGGACUUGGGCAAAGAGCAAGAAUCCAAUGAGCCAGCAAGGGACAACAAUACAAGUGCAAACAACAAUUCCAGCAACAAUACAAAUAAUAGCGAUAGGCCACAGAAACGAGCAAGGAGGACUAGGACAGAGGCUCUGGUUGAAUCAGCCCAGGCAAUGGAGAUGAUCAUGUCAGAGAACAGAUCAGCAAACAUUCCGAGUUCUUCUAAUGGAAGUCAAAAGAGAACAAAUCAACUUCAGGCUAACAAAAAGAAAAAAAGGAAAUCACGACAAGGUAAUCAAAAUCAGCACAGGGAGGACACGCCGCCACCUCCUGAAGAUGAUAUUGCAAUCGACCCUGACGAGCCGACUUACUGUCUGUGUGAUCAAAUUUCGUACGGAGAGAUGAUUCUGUGUGACAAUGACUUGUGUCCCAUUGAAUGGUUCCACUUUUCUUGUGUAUCUCUGAGCAACAAACCCAAAGGUAAGUGGUUUUGUCCCAAGUGUCGUGGAGACAGACCAAAUAUUAUGAAACCCAAGGCCCAAUUUCUCAAAGAACUAGCUAUAUAUAACAAAGAAAAAGAAGUAAAAUCGUAGCAGUAAACUUGAUCAUGGUAUUGGAGUUUUGUUUUUUAUUAGAUAAAAAAAAAGCAGCAAUUUUAAAUAAUUUAAAGUCCACAAUGAGGUAG